GCGGUGCCGUUGCGACGCCGCUCAGCGGCGGUGCCCUCCGCCUAUGGUAACUACGCUAUGUUGCUAUGGUUACCGGAUUGUUUUGUUUUUUACUUUCUUUCGGCUCGAUUUUGACAAGGUCUGGCUAGAAUAUGAAUAAUUACGAAAGAUAAAGACGAAAGAUGUGAUUGAUGACUGGCAAAAAUGUUGUUUGAGUGAAAAGGAAGAAUUUUGGCUAUUGAUUUAAGCAUGAACACUGUUCGUUACGCCGGAGAGUGACAAUUUGUCGUUACGGCUCGGCUCAGGCUCCUGGCUCCUGGCUCCUGUUGUACGAGGCUCUGUGGUAUCGGCUCAGGCCGUUAGCGCUGGAAGAAGGAGGAGGAAUGGAGGAGAAAAUAUAGAGGACUGAGAGCCCGUGAACGACGUUUCUCAUUGACGGCGCGCGAACAUUUAGUAACGACAAAUUUCAAGAAUGCGACUUCAAGAACGGCGGCGGAAACGGCGAGUUCUCCAGCGCCAUCAGACUUCAAAUUCUACAACGCGAUAAGUGCCACAAUGUCACUAGUUUCAGCAGCUUGCUUUGAUGCUGUCGCCAUUUGCGCAUUGCAUUGCCUACCAGAUGAACUCUUGCUUUGAAAAACACUAUUCGUCAGUGUUAAUGCUCGUGGAACAUUUGUUGACUGUUGCCGUUGGUACGACUGGCAGCCUGCGCCGACUGCGCUAGAAGUACGAGUGUACCAUUGGUACUAAGUGGUACCGAUGAUCAGUGUUGCCAUGUUGAACUGUUGCCAUUGGUACAAGUGCAGUGUACCCAUGUUGUGCAUAGAACGGUGCUGCCGUUGGUACGUUUCGCAGCCUGGCCGGAUAUAACCUGGUCGACGCAUGUUGUGUACGGUACGGUGCUGCCUUACAUUUUGCCGCCAGGGAAUGUGAACUUUGAUGACAGGCUUGAUUUGGUACAACAUGAUGUUGCCUUGGUACGUUCCACAGCCAGGCAAUAUGAGCUUUGACAAUGGGUUUGUUUUGGUACCAUAUGAUGCUGCCAUUGGUAGGUACAUUUGACAGUCAGACGAUUUGAACAUUGACAGUUAUAUGCUUCUUGGGUACAAUAUGGUACUGCUAUUGGUACAUUUCGCGGUACAUUGACACGAGAUGCACCCGACUAUGACAGCUGCUGUUUAUCAGUGCUGAACACAUUUGGCAUUACGCUUUCACAUGCACAUAGGUAUAUUAACAUACAUCAGCUAUGGACAUUGACAUCGAGAAACUGGUAGUGCGGGACCUGAAGCGUGAGCUGGACGCCCGCGGAGAAGAUUCCAGAGGAACCAAAGCUGUUCUGAAGGAGCGGUUGGCGCAAGUUCUGAGAGAGGAGGCGUGCUUCAAGAAAGCGGUGAUGCCCGAUGAAGAUGCAAGAAGUCAAGCCGAUGUUGAUCCAGAGUCGAUCGCAAGAAAGGAAGCGUUUCAGAUGGACGUAAGAAGUCACGAUGGUACUGAUGCAAGAUCAGUCAAGUCUACGUCCAGCAGAGCAUCUGUCACGUCACAGAGAGCUAUUGAAGCGGCCAGAUUAGCCGGGCUGAAGGCGAAGAUGAAUGCAUUGAAGCAGAAACAUGAACUUGAGGAACAGAUAGAAAACUUGCGCAGAAAGCAAGAGGAAGUGCAACUGCUGGCUGAACUAAAGGAGUGUGAAGCCAAAGAAGCUGUGCUGGCACGAUUUGAAGCACUUGAACAUGAAGAAGACGAUGAAGCUGGAAAUGAACAUAAGCAAGAUGAUGAAGCACAUGAAAGUGAACAAGAUGAAAUGAAACAUGACAAAAAACAAGACAAUGAAACGAAAGCAGACAGACAUGCAGGUGCAGGAAGAGCAUCUCAUGACAAGUCGGCUGGCUCAGUUCAGCAAAUGGAUCUCAACACAACGGACAGGCUGGUGAUGAGAAGAAUCGGACUUCAGCCAUUGGAGUUACGUGCGUUUGAUGGAACCGAAGAAGACUUCCUACCAUUCAUCACAGCUUUCCAGUCUAACAUUGCAUGUAGGCUGGACAGGGAAGAAGAGAAGCUGAUGUACCUGUUGCAGCUGACCAAAGGUAAGCCUCGUGACAUUGUAGCCACCUGCGUCUACCUGGGUGAUGAUGGUUACAGUGAAGCUAUUCGUCUACUCAAGGUGAGAUAUGACAAUGUGAUGAAGUCUAGAGCAUCAGUGAUCGAGAAGAUUCAAAACUACCCGCGCGUGAGAUAUGAAGAUGUGAACGGCCUUGAUGACUACUCAGUGUUUCUGCGAGGUGCUCUCAACGCUCUUCACUCACCUGUUUUGGCAGACAGUGGGUUUGAUUCAUGGAUGAUCUGCCAGGCCAUUCAGAAGACGCCGUGGGUCGCUGAUCGCUGGCGCAGAGCGGUCGACAGGAUCGAACAGGAUCAGAGACGAGACAGAAGAGAAGACGGAGAAAGGAAGAGGACUGACCAGAGGCAGGUCAGUUUCAGAGACUUCGUCGAGUUCAUCGAAUCAGAAGCAAGGAUCGUGUCCCACUCUGUCUAUGGAAGACAUGUGCUCAGUGCUCAAGAGAAGAAGGACACACGACCACAAGCCACGACCGUGCAGAAAGCACAGCAGCCUGCAGGAAAGCAGAUGAAGAAUCGGGAGCAUCAGCUCCACCAAGAACGAAGAAGUCGAGCUUACGCAAGCAACAUGAAGCAACCGGCCAAGUGUGCCUACUGCGAGCAUCCUCAUGACCUGGAGACUUGCAGAGCUUUCGGGGCGAAGACUGAGGAAGAGAAGACUGACUACAUACGUCAACAUGGACUAUGUUUCGGCUGCUUACAUGAAGGACAUAUCUCCAAGAACUGUCAGAAACGAAGCCGCUGUAAGAAGUGCGAGAAGUCGCAUCCUACAAGUAUGCACAGAGAUGCGCUGCCCAACGCCAACGUCGUGACGGCAGGACAUGUGUCACAAGAGUGUGAAGGCGGUGGAAAGCUGCAGGUGCUUCCAGUAUCAGCCAACGUCAAGGAACGGUCCGUGCUGACUGGAGCCUUCAUAGAUCCUGGCAGCACGCACUCAUUCAUCUCACGUAAGCUGGCAAGUCAGUUAGGCAUUCAACCAGACGAGAAGACAUAUGUAGUCAUGUCCACCAUCAAUGGAGAGCGAAGAAUGAAGACCUCGUUGGUCACUGGUGUCAGUAUUGGAACUGAAGAUGGUGGCAACCAAGUUGAACUUCCAGCGUUGUAUGUUCUAGAGCACAUACCGGUGGAAAAGCAAGACAUCGUACGGCAAGAAGACAUCAGCAAGUGGCCACAUCUCCGACAACGUGGAGUUGAAGCUGGUUUUACUGAGAAGACAUCAAGAGAGAUCGGUCUGCUCAUCGGUGCAAACGCCAGCGUGGUGUCAGAACCAUUGGAAGUGAACCAGAUACGGUUGGCUGGUCUGUGGCGUUGA